AUGUCGAAAAGGUACAGCUCAUUGAAUGGUUCUCCUUUGGACCGUGAUAAUGAUCUCAAUCAGAAUAAUAAAGAUGACAUCAUCUUUGAGCAGGACUCGGAUAGCUUUAACAACGAUGUUUUUCAACCACAGGCCUCUUUGGAUGAUAUGGAAUCGCUUGGGUAUGAUGAGGGAGCUUUGGAUGAUGAAGAAAUGGAUUAUGAGGGAACUUUGAAUGAUGCCGUUUCAAACGAAACAACAGACGUAAACUCACCUUUGGCCAGUAUCAUUAAGGAACCGAGAGGAACUCUGAAAGCAGCUUUUUUCAACAUGACAAACUCGAUUGUUGGAGCGGGAAUCGUCGGAAUUCCAAUGGCAUUCAGAUCAAUGGGAUUUUUUUCAGGUGUGCUCCUGUUGAUGGUCUUAGCUGCUGUUAAUGACUGGACGCUAAGAUUGAUUAUCCUAAAUACAAAACUUUCCGGCGGAAAAACGUACACCAGUUUUGUUUCAAGGACAUAUGGGACUUUUGGAAGAGUCGUUGUGUUGCUCGCACAAGGAUUUUUUGCAUUUGGAGGAAGUGUCGGCUUUGCUGUCAUUAUUGGUGAUAGUAUUCCACAUGUACUCCGGAGUAUAUUCUCCGAUGCAGUUGAUGAUUCCAAGAUAUUGGAUUUUUUGUUCAGCCGGAAUCCUGUGAUUGUGUUUUGCAUCACCUUCAUAUCCUACCCACUCUCGCUCACUAGGGACAUCUCGAAGCUCGCAAAGGCAAGCGGACUAGCACUAAUCAGCAUGCUUGUCAUCAUCACCAUCGUUCUUGUUAGAGGACCUUCUGUGUCUGACUCUAUGCGUGGCUCAAUCAAGGGUUCCGCGUGGUUUUUACAACCAGACAUUUUUCAAGGCAUAAGUGUGAUUUCGUUUGCCAUGGUUUGUCAUCACAAUACCACGUUUAUUUACGAUUCGAUCAGGAAGCCCACUUUGGACCGUUUUAAUGCCGUUACGCAUCUUUCUUGCAUCGUUUCAACCAUAUUAUGUGCUUUACUCGGCAUCUCCGGGUACCUCAUCUUCGGCAAUAAGACUAAGGGUAAUAUCUUGAACAACUUUCCCACAAAUGAUCCCGCAAUCAAUGUUGCACGAUUCUGCUUUGGCCUCAACAUGUUGACCACCUUUCCGCUUGAAAUAUAUGUCGUUCGUGAAGUUUUCAAACAACUUAUAGCUAUAUAUCACGACGAAUCCGUAGAUGGCACAGAAUCCGAUUCUGUUUCUUUGAAAGACCUUACCACAUUCCAACACUUUGUCAUUACAUCAAUAGUUUCAUUCCUUCCUAUGAUCAUUUCACUCUUUACCUGCAACUUGGGUGCAGUCUUGGAAUUGGUUGGUGCCACCUCCGGCUCAAUUAUUGCAUACAUUUUCCCACCUCUUUGCUACGAUAAGAUGACAAAAUUCGGAAAGUCGAAGCUGAAAAGAGCCCCACUAAUGAUCUGUGUGGUAUUUGGCUUUGUAUUGAUGAUUGUGUCAUCUACUCAAACUAUUGCCGACUCUUUAACCGGGAAACAUGGAAAUCAUUGCGUGGAAUGA